AUGAGGAAAGAGAGCUCUUUCAGUUGGUACACGCGCGCAUGCGCGCGUGCGUAUCGGAGCCUGCUGUCUCUCCUGCGAUCCCUACAACAACAAACCCCCGCCCGACGCUUGCCGGAACCUCCACCCGGGAAGGACAGCAAGGUAUGCCCACCGGGAAAGACCGUGUGGAACCCGCCGCAAGCGACGAGGGCGCCGAGCCCUUCCGUCCGCGUGGCGGCCCUGGAUGUUGACAUCAUGGUGGUGAACCGGUGCGUGAGGAAGCUAUUCAGGGUCCUACACGGGACCACGAACGGCGGUGGUAGGGGUGGCGAUUUUCUGGGGAUGAGCAGCCGGACUCCUGCAGGUAGGGCGUUCCUGCAGCGGCAGCUGGAGGAGCUCAUGGCGGAGAAGGCGAGGUACAAGGAGGAGAAGCUGGCUCUGCUGGAUCAGAUGGAACCCCGGAGGCACUCGAGGCUUCCGUCCUCCGUCCCAGACCACGAAGCCGUGGAACGAACGACGGCCUCGUGGUUGGACGCCGUCACCAUGGGCACCUACGACGGGCCGCGGAGAGUGGCGGGUCUCUACGCGCGGGACGCUGUUCUCUGGGGAACGGACGUGUUUGCCCCGUUGGAUGAGGCUCGUGGGGCGACGAUGGUCUCGUCAGAAGCGGUCCGCGAUACCCCUGAGCAAAUCUACGCUUAUUUCGACUGCUUCGCUCGGCUGCCGGGCUUGAGGCUGGUGGAGUUCCUCCCGCAGCGGGUGCGCGUGUACGGCGACUUCGCGGCGCAGACCGGAAUCCACACCUUCGCGUGGCGGCGGGGAGACGGGGGGGAGAGCGGGGAGGUGGAGGUGCGGGCCCGCUUCAGCUUCACCUUCCGGAGAAGAGACGACGGCGAUUGCGGCAGGCCGAACGCUUGGUCGAUCGUGGAGCACUGCUGCUCCUUGGAGUCGCCGGACGCCGCCGUUGGCGUGCCAACUGUGCGGCAUGGCUGUCCCUCAGGCUCGGAGCAGCGGGAGGAUGAUGUGGUGAACGGCGAGCUGGAAGCGGCGGCGUUCUCAUGCGCGGAGCCCCCUUCACCCGCGGAACCCGUUGCAUCCACGGAGCCCCCUGCGCCCGGGGCCGGGGGGGCAGGCGGUGCAAACGACAUCCCCCCCGUCCCGCACAGCUUCCUGCUUGCCGAGUGUGGGAAUGCCGAGAAGGCAUUCGCGAGAUGGAAAGCCACGUUGCUGUGGAGAGAAGAAUCGGGGGCUAACACGGCCUUGGCCACCCCGCACCCCCGCUUCGACCUCAUCAAGAAGCACUACCCCACCUACUUCCACGGAAAGGAUAAGACGGGAGCGGUGGUCUACUACGAGCAGCUGGGGCAGGUGAACGACGACGUGCUUCGACAGGAAGGCCUGGACGGGAAGCAGAUGCUCUGGCACUACAUGUACCAGAUGGUGUACCUGUGGACGGUGAUCAAUCCCAAUGACGAAGACAGAGUUACUACCGUCCUGGACCUGAGGGGAGUCACACUGGCAACAGCCACCAAGUCGGACACCAUGAAGUUCACCAAGCAGUGCGUCAGCAUGAUGGCCACGCACUACCCAGAGCGGUCCGCACAUCUGAUGCUCCUGAGCUGGCCGCGAUGGUUUGACUGGAUAUACCGUUUCAUUCGACCUCUCAUUUCAGAGUCCACCAAGAGCAAGAUGACGUCUUGCACGGCGAACAGCGUGUACGAGACGCUUCUGUCGAAGAUCGACAACGACCAGAUCCCCAAGGAGUACGGCGGGGCGUCCGAGUACGCGCUUGGGGAACACCCUUACGAGGUUGCCAUGAGAAACUCGGUGGUGACAGUUCUCGAGGAGAAUGACGUCGCGAUGGAACCCGCGAGAGGUUGACCCCACACACGCCUCCUGUCUUGGAAAAGGUUGUAGCUACGCACGUGUGUCCGUGUAGAUAAGCAAUAGCGAUAUAGUGGCCCCGGGCAGUGAAUGCGCCGUGCGAGAUUGGCGAUGGAGGCAGCGAGAAGAUUUGUGCAAUAAUCAUCCGGGGGAAAGAAGAAUAUAGAUCAAUGUUUGGUGUGCGCAAAUCGGAUCAGAGAUAUGCUGUUGAUGUCUAGGUGCCCGCGGCAUAGAUAGGAGGAAUGGAUGGAGAUGGUUGUUCCUUUGUUGAGGGCGCAGCAGCCCGUGUGAUGUGUUGCCCCCCGACGCUCGACGUCUAUGUCUUUUUGCCCGUGCGUGCGCAAUUUUGUUUUUGUCCAAAGUACGGCAAAGGUAUUCUGCCUUAAAGGAGCGCAGUUGUUGUGCGUGUUGAGUUCAGGAGUGACCGAACUAUCAUAGAGCUGAUUUUGUACCCGUAGAAGACCAUUGUGUACGGGUGUUGAAUGUCAGUAGAACGAGAUUUUUAGGAGAGUGUCGACCCGCGUGCUCACGUCGUGUGUUGUGAACGGGCAAAAAAAGAGAUAACAGUAGAAAUUUUCGUUUUGUUGAUUUUCCCCAGAAGCUUGUGUGCUCACGCCAGGUGUUUUGAAAGUGCAAAAAAAUAAAUGGUUGGGGCCAUAUGAGGUGCUGGGCAUAGGCUGCAUAACAAGCGUAAAUCUUCGUGUUGAUGCUGAUUUCCCCCAGAUUUGUUCGAUGGACCUGAAUAAGGUAAGCGUCAUAAAAAAAAUGCCCAGGGGGAGUAGGGUUCAAUCGCCAUAAGCGACAUAAGCGACAAGCUUUCUUUCGUGGUUUUUCGCCGACUGCUGGGGUGCAGUACUUGGCUCUUGCGUGUUUUGUUUUUGCGGUGUAACUUUUUUCCUCGUUCGUUGCUCUCGACUAGACUACUUUUGAUCAUACUUGGUGUUGAAUUUCACGAGCAUUCCGCACGCCGCUGUGAUGAGGCUGGACAGCUAGACGACCGUUCGCCAGGGUGUUGCUGUAGCGUUACGCGUUUGCAAGAUAAGGCCAUCGAUGAAAGAGAUAAUUGUCAAGGCGCCUUACGUGCCAAGGGAGUCAGUUCUAAACAGCUCCAACAAUAAAACAGGGUCUGUCCAUCUGGUGUCACAGUUUUUAGAUUUUCCAUGUUGCGGGUCUCACACACAGACUCCAUAUUUUGGGAGUUAUGUAGAACAACAGGCGU